AUGGCUCCCCCACAGUUAGGCGCGACCUUCGUACCGGGCGGUUUCGAUGACUAUUAUAUGCCAGAAGUCGUUGCUCCCUCCCCUCAACGGGUAACCCCUCAGGUCCCUCAAAAUAUGCAAGAGGACCUCCAACGCAUGGAGCUUGAAGCCACUUCUGUUGAACCGCGAUCUCAAACCGGCCCUCGUCACUCUCGAGAACCCUCGCUGUCGACUUACACCAAUCCUCGGGGAACCGACCCGCCUCGGCCCCAGACUGCAACACAGGUCUCAAACGACGACAUCCGCGCAUACCAGUCUACCGAUAAGAUCACCGAGAGUCUCAGCGCCAUGAGCUUCGACGCCCCCUCAUUUUCACCUUUUCCCAAGGUCAAGGGCGAUAACAUUCCCCCAACCGACGAGGAAAAAGAAGAAAUUCUUUGGAACGCGCGCAAGCACGUUCUUCACUCACAAAAUGUCUCCAUGCAAAUUACAUGGGCGCGCGACGUCCUUACUUGGGCCGACAUCUCCCAAGAGUCUAUGAUUCGGGAAUAUGGUGAGAAGGGUCGUCCCGCCACGCCUCGGAUAGAACACGAGCUUCGAGUCGAUGCUAUCAAUAUCAUCACCUACCUUUCACAACAAGAGCACCCCGAAGCUUUAUACAUGCGCUCGAAAUGGCUCGAAUUUGGUAAAUUCGGCAACCGCGUUGACAAGCGUGAGGCUUAUAUUGGCUACAAGCGCGCCGCAGAGCUCGGCCAUGGAAGAUCUGAAUAUCGCAUGGGCAUGUUGUACGAACAAUCUAAUGACAUGUCCAAGGCCAAGGAGCACUACUACCGCGGUCUUUCUCUCAAGGACUCGGCCUCCUUGUACAGGAUGGGUAUGAUGAGUCUUUUAGGUCAACACGGCGAGACCAAGGAUUAUCAGACCGGUUUGGAGCGGAUACAGGCCGCAGCUGAUAGCUCGGACGAAGAUGCCCCUCAGGGUGCAUAUGUUUAUGGUAUGCUCAUAGGACGCGAUUUGCCAGACAUCACUAUCCCUGACGGUCUACUGCCCAACAACCCCGUAACGACUAAGAUGUAUAUCGAGAAGUCCGCUUAUCUGGGCUUUGCUAAAGCUCAACUCAAGAUGGGCCAAGCAUACGAACUUUGCCAAUUUAGCUGCGAGUUCAACCCAUCCUUCUCUCUCCAUUACUAUGGCCUUGCUGCUAAGCAAGGUCUUCCCGAGGCUGCCUUGGGCGUCAGUCGAUGGUUCCUUUUUGGUUAUGAAGGUGUUUUCAAGAAGAACGAGUCUCUGGCGUACAAGUAUGCUCAGGAAGCUGCAGCCGCUAAGCUGCCUACUGGAGAGUUUGCCUUGGGCUAUUACAACGAAAUAGGAAUUCACGUUGAAAAGAGCUUGGCAGAAGCUCGAAAGUGGUACCAACUCGCUGCAGAACAUGGCAACCAAGAUGCCCUCGGUCGCCUCGAGUCCCUGGACGAUAAUAACACUCUAUCCAAAUCCGAUCAUGAGACUACCACACUGACCCGUAUCAAGUCGCAACAUGGAUCCCAACGAGGAAAGCGCCCCGAUCGCUUCAAGCAACCAUCACAACAGAUGCCGACACUUAGCGAAGGCAGCGCCCCUGUCUCGCCCUCGCUGGACGGGCCAGGUAACUCUUCUCUGGGAAUGCGACCUACCAUCGUCUCAGAGCAUGUUAAUUUCCCCGAUCCUUCGCGGGCUUCUUUUGUACUGCCAGCCAGCUCGACCGAUAGAGCACCUGCCUUCAACGUACGAUUGGAUUCCAACCAGCCGCCGGCUCGACCACAGUCAGCAGCUCCCUAUCCCGAGGAUGACCGACCGCCGCCCCUGACUGUCCGUUCUAAGUCAACGGCACCGUACCCGGAGGACGACACUCAGACUUCUCCUCGAUUUAACCAGGGCCAGCACAUGGGCCCACCCUCCGAUCGCGCAGCAAGCGCCUUUGGCAUCAAUCCUCAGGCGGGUGCUGGCCGGCCUAUGCCUCAGUCCCAGUCCCUGGGUAACCUUCAUCCCGGUGGCCCUGGCGGACCAGGGCGACCUGAUCCUCGCAACAGAGCUGCAUCUACAGGAUGGGAAAGUGGCCAACAAGGUCCUGGAGGUCGCCCUUCCCCUUACCCCGAAGACAAUGGCGCACAGUACCCAGGCGGCCUUCAGAAAGCUCCAACCGGCGGGCAAUACUCGCCAGGCUUGCAGAACCCACAAUCUCAAAACUACGAACGCUUCUCUCGAGUACCUGGAGCUAGCGGUCGUCCCGAGCGCGGGAGCUCCUUGCCUCAGGGCCAGCAGCAGCAGCAACUGCCGCAAUCCCCACCCAACGCACGGCCUCCACGCACUUCAAGUGCGCAGCCGCCUAUGAGUGGCGGCGGACCUGGCGGUAGGCCAUCCCCAGGACCUUUCGGUGGACCUCAGGGAGGACCUCAAGGGGGUCCUUCUGGUCCGCCAAGGACUGGAAGCGCUCCCCCAUCACAGUUCCAGAGACCCGACAACAAGCCGAGCCCUGCUCCUAGCGCUCAAACCAUGCCCACAAAACCUGGCAAGCAGGGUCCAGCGACAUUUGAAGAUAUGGGCAUUCCGCAAGGAAAGGCGGACAGUGAUUGUACCUGA